GUUGUUUCAUUUUAUAUGUUAGGCAUGGCUAGCGGUGACCGAAGACAUGGAAAGGAACCGGCGGUGGUGGCGGAGGACAACUUCCCGAAUGGGCUGCGCGUGCUUGCUGUCGACGAUGACCGCGUCUGCCUGAGGGUCCUGGCGGCCGUCCUACGCCAGUGCAACUACAAGCCGACGAUUGUGAUGGACGGAAUGACGGCGCUGAAGAUGCUGAGGGAGGAACAGGAGGAGCAGUUCGACCUGGUGAUCACCGACGUGCACAUGCCAAACAUGGAUGGCUUCCAGCUCAUGGAGAUCAUCGGCCUCGAGAUGGAUCUACCAGUCAUCAUGCUAUCUGUGAACGGAGAAAAGGCAACCGUGUACAAGGGGAUAAAGCAUGGGGCGUGUGACUAUAUUGUGAAACCCGUGGAUAUCAAUGAUAUCAGAAACAUAUGGCAACAUGUUGUAAGGAAAAACCACGUCGCUGUCAACUACAACAACAGUGACAGUGAUGAUGCUGCCCAGAGGGUGGGGCAACCAGUGAUUGCUGAGGGUGGUGCAAAGAGUAAGAAGUGUUCAAAGCAGAAGAGAACUGAUAGAGAAGUCUCAAGCAGGAGUGUGCGAACCACCAGGAAGAAACCAAGGGUGUCAUGGACCGGUGACCUACACAACAGGUUCCUAGAAGUUGUUAACCGACUUGGCCUCGAUCGGGCGGUUCCAAAGGCAAUAUUAGAAAUGAUGAAUGUCCAUAACCUUAGUAGGGAGAGUGUUUCGAGCCACUUACAGAAGUAUCGGCUCUAUCUGAAAAGAGUAAUCGAUGACCCCACGAAGCCUAAUCCUCUGGGUGAUUUGUUCGAGCGGAGGGACUCGUACAUGGACAUGGGUCAGCAGAUAGUCCCACUCCCGCCGUCGUCAGCCCUGUAUUCCUGUGGUUCACAAAAUCUAUACGAAGCACCUCAAGGUCUUUAUGUUCAGCCAAGGAAAUGGGCCACGGGCACAGUCGAUAAUGUUGGCCUCAUGCCAGGAAGCCGCGACGCUUCUGGCCCAUUGGCAAAGACAUCAGAUCACCCAAUGCAGGAUGCAUUUCCUCGUAUCCAUGGCCCUGCUCGUAUCCGUUCUCGCAAAGCCUACGUGAGUGUUCUGCGUGGGAAACUAUUGGAGGUGAACACAAGCGUGGUGCCUUCCUCCCAUCCUGGCAGCUCCUCCUUCCCAGCAGAAAUGCCAAAUGGUGGGCUGUUAGAACCUACAAACCAGUUCCCGGUGCAGCCUCCAGAACUGAUGGGCACGGCACCUCUCCUCCCAUCAUCACAGGUGAACGUGAACCUCCCCCAGAUCAACCAUCAACUGACAAUCUUUUCACCCGCAUCUGGCCAGAUGGCCAUGUUUCAGAAUGAGCAGCUGCAGAAUCAGAUGGAAGGGGUCAACAUCAACAACACCACAUCAGUGGGUGUCUACAGUGAGCAGAUGAUGCCAUUAUUCAACAUGGCAAGCAACACAGCCCCAAUGGAGAUGGCCAAUGCCAACUUCUCAUCGAUGAAUCAGAUGAUGGUCAAUGACGGAAGCACCAACUCUCCAUCGCCUAACCUUCAGGCGGGCAACCCUGUCGCGCCGCCGGCUCAGAUGGUAAAUUGUGGUGGAAGCAGCAGCUCCGCAUUGCCUGGCUAUAUGGAUAGCUCUCUCGUGCCGCCAUCUCAGAUGGUUAAUGGUGGUGGAAGCAGCAACUCUGCAUUACCUGGCCAUCUGGACAGCUCUGUCGCACCGCAGACUCAGAUGCUUAAUGGCGGGGAGGGUGCAUCUGGCAUUCUACCUGUGCAAGAUGACCCAGCUGGGCAGCAAGCUUCUAAUGAUCAGCUAACCUACAGCACUUCUAACUUUCUGGAGGAUAUUUUUGCUAACAUGGAUAGUCAGGAUUUCAAUCCAGAUGCUACUUUGUUAGGUGAAGAAUAUUAGUUCCUUUGUUCGCCCCACCUGCGCCAAAGAUCUCUCCGCAUUUUGUGCAGGCCAGAUGAUGAUCAUCAGUCCAUGGUUCUUGCACAUUGUAUUGCGGAGUUGUGCAAAAAAAACGCCGAAUUGUAGUAGGUAGUUAGAAGCGGUGUGGGCUUCUACUUUACUUCAGCCUUUAUUUUAAAUUGGUCCUUGUGUUUUAAGGAUCAUAUAAUAACUUUAUGUUCCCGACGUCAAAGAGGACGUGCAGAAUAAUUGGCUAUACGCAUCAUCGAUGCAGUUCCCCGGUUGUAAUAAGACUUCCAUUUUCUAGAAUGGAAAUAAGUUUAUGUUAUGUCAUAUGGAGCCAUUUUUCAUGUACUUGUGAUGAGUGCAAUGCUGCCUCUAUUCCUGAGAUUCCCCUGCAAAUAAAAACAU